GUCAGAGAAGACGCGCUGUUCUCCUCGUUCUCUCUCUCGACAUUGAAGAAAGGUCCCAACGUGGAAACCACCUGCACAUCUAUUUAUCUUGCUCAGGCUAAACGGAUUCAGCGUUUGAUAUUUUUCAUGCAGAGUGAUUUUACGCACGUUUUGCAGUGAUGGAGAUGGUGAAACUUGUUCUGAUACUCGUGCUGCUGCUGCUGACAAAUGUUGUCUGUCAAGAUGUGGACAACUGGAGAGGAGGCAGAGAAGAGAACAAAUGGCCAAACUCUGAAGUCAUUCAAGAUGUGUUUGUGAGACUGAUCAGAAAACCAGGACCACGUCAGUAUCUCGGGCUCAUGGGGAAGAAAGACUCAGGAAAAAUUCAGCCAGCACGUAAACGACACAAAUUUCAAACCUUCGUGGGUCUGAUGGGGAAAAGGAGCUUCGAGGAUGAAGGAUUCAUGGGAGCUGCACAGAGGAGCGAGGAUUACUGAGGAGAAAACAUCUGUUUCUCUACUUGUUCAUCUCAGAUCAACAACGUGAAGUUUGUGUUUUGAGUUAGUUUCAUGAAAAUGUCUCGUUGAAUAGUUGAGUGUGACACUGUGAGAAACCAGUGACAUCUAGUGGCAGAAUAAUGUGGUGACAAACACUGGAUAUUAAACAACAGUGAUACUUCAAUGGUGCAUAAUUAAUGUGACGUAGAAUCACUUUACAAUAAAACCACCUCACUCCUCAUUAUCAUCACAGGUUUAUUAAGUGACUUUGUACAAUACAAAUGAAAAAUAAAAUUAAAAAUACAGAUGGAGUACAUAGCCAAAGCAAAUCUGGUGUCGACUCUUCAAAACCCACUUUUCAUUUUCCGCAGAGCGACUGAAAUAUUGGUUUUCUCAUUCCAACACAUCCAGGAUGUUAUUUGUAAAAGUGUGUAUGAAUGUGUGUGUUACUUUGUUCAUCCAGAGGGGCGGACGCUGCUGUCAAGUCUCUGAGAAUUUUCUAAACAUACAAAAGAAGUUAUGACUUCAGCUGGCUCGGUAUAUAUAAAAAUAAACUAAAGUGAAGUAUAACACUUAUGACAUUAUAAAUGGUGGUCCAAGGCUAGUGGAGAUAGCGAAACACAGGAUAAAGAAAGCGUUACAUGUCAGAAAAAAAAGAAGCUUUAGCCAUUAAAAA